AUGCUAGACAUUUACCUCAAAUUCACUCGAGUGCUCGGUAAUCCCGGCUUUCAACUGAGAAUGUGGGAACAUAAACGUGAGUUUUUCAUCUCUCUCUCGUGCGGUUGCACCUUUGAAAAGAAGCUCGCUGGAGAGGACCAUACCGAAUGCUUAUUUUGGCUGACAUACAUCUACGGUGGAGAAUUCAUCGAUUCUGAAGACUCUUAUUGGAUAGAUCUCGACUUGGACGACACUCCUCACGUCUUCUGCGAGAAGGAUGAACAUCAGCUCACUCGCAUUGAUGAGCUUGUCAAGCUGAGAAGGAAUGUUAUGUUGGAACGACCAAACGACACUGCGUAUGAGAUUGGAGACGAUGCCACUACGAAGGUGAUGUACAAGCUUUUCUUCAGCGGCCCCGGUGUCACCAUUGGCGGCGCUUUCAUUCAAGUUCUUCUCGCUCCGAUCAACGAAGAUGUCGUCACAUUUGACUUGGAAAAAGCGGAAGCAAUGAGAGAAAGUCAACGAUCAUCAAACGAGUUGUUAAAGAGGAUUAACGAAGACCAAGACAGAGAUGACUCCAAUCAGACCCUCGAAGAAUCUUCUUCUAACAACGAAUAA